GAUUUUGCUCGACUCGAUCACUGCUCUCUUUCUAUCUGACUCAUCCUCCCAAGGGUUCCUUCCCUUUAUCACCAUUUUCUUCGUAUCACAAUCGCCAUUACACUUGCCAUUUUGAUUGAUUUUCUUUCAAUUCCUCUACAAUGGGGGCCAGUCGGAAGCUUCAGGGCGAGAUCGACCGUGUUCUUAAGAAAGUUCAGGAAGGCGUCGAUGUCUUCGACAGUAUUUGGAAUAAGGUUUACGAUACGGAUAAUGCUAAUCAGAAGGAAAAGUUUGAGGCUGACUUGAAGAAGGAGAUUAAGAAGUUACAAAGGUAUAGAGACCAGAUCAAGACUUGGAUUCAGUCCAGUGAGAUUAAGGACAAGAAGGUCUGUCUGUCUGUUAGUGCCUCUUAUGAGCAGGCUCUCGUGGAUGCUCGCAAACUUAUUGAGCGUGAAAUGGAAAGAUUUAAGAUAUGUGAAAAGGAAACCAAAACGAAAGCAUUUUCUAAAGAAGGGUUGGGACAACAACCUAAAACUGAUCCGAAAGAGAAGGCUAAAGCAGAGACGAGGGAUUGGUUGAACAAUGUGGUUUCUGAGUUAGAAUCGCAGAUUGACAACUUUGAAGCUGAAAUUGAAGGGCUCACUGUUAAGAAAGGAAAAACAAGACCACCUAGAUUGGUUCAUUUAGAGGAAUCUAUUACUCGACACAAGGCUCAUAUUAUGAAGUUAGAACUCAUAUUGAGACUAUUGGAUAAUGAUGAAUUGAGUCCUGAGCAGGUCAAUGAUGUUAAAGACUUCUUGGAUGACUAUGUGGAGCGUAACCAGGAGGACUUUGAUGAGUUCAGUGAUGUGGAUGAGCUUUACAGUUCAUUACCAUUGGACAAGGUGGAGGCACUUGAAGAACUUGUUAUAAUUGGGCCUUCUAGUCUUGUUAAGGCUGCGCCAAUUCUUGGAUUGAAGUCUUUAACAGUACCAGCAAUUCAAAUCCCUGCCACCGUAUCUUCUACUCAUCAGCAAACUACUUCUGUCCAAGAACCAGUUGAAGAGACAGCUUCCCAGGAGAGUACCCUUGAUACAGUUGCAAGAACACCACCUCCCAAAAGUAGUGUGAUGAGUUCUUCGGCUGCAACUACUCCAGCAGGAAGUCAUACAGCUUCUGCACCUGUGAAUAUUCCAUCUCAUAAUUUGUCUGGUGUUUCGAUUGGUUCUCCGAAUCUGCAAGGUUCAAGUUCUGUUCGGGUUACUGACAGUACUGGGGCUACUAGUUCUUCUCCUGUAAGUUUAUCUACUUCUUUAAAGGAAGAGGAAAUAGGAAGCUUUCCUGGUCGCAGAUCAUCUCCAUCUUUUACAGAUACUGGACUUGUAAGAGGCAUUGGUAGAGGCAGUCUUUCAAGCCAACCUUCAUCUAGCAUCCCACUUAGUUCUGGUAAUGUAAAUCCUGGUAAUAGCACCCUUGGUGCUGUUCCAUCAGCAUCUGAUAUGGCUAAGAGAAACAUUCUGGGAGCUGAUGAGAGACUUGGGAGCAGUGGUGUGGGGCAACCUCUUGUUUCCCCUUUAAGUAGUAGGAUGAUUUUGCCUCAAGCUACAAAGGCUGAUGGAACAGGCUCACUUGAUUCUAGUAAUGUCAGUGAUGCUGCGGCUCUAGCUGGCAGAGUUUUUUCCCCAUCUGUUGUCUCUGGCAUGCAAUGGAGGCCGGGAAGUGAACCAUUUCGUGGAAGAACUGAAAUAGCACCGGAUCAGAGGGAGAAAUUUCUACAGCGGCUCCAACAAGUGCAGCAACAAGGCCACAGUAACCUACUUGGCAUGCCAACACUUGCUGGAGGAAAUCAUAAGCAGUUUUCAGCACAACAGCAAAAUCCACUGUUGCAACAGUUUAAUUCUCAAAAUUCGACUGUACCCCCUCAAGCUGGUCUGGGACUUGGAGUCCAGACUUCAGGUCUUGGUCCUGUUACUUCUUCCUCCUUGCAGCAGCAGACAAGUUCCAUCCACCAACCAUCUAAUCCAUCAGUGUUGGUAUCAAGUGGCCCAAAAGAAUCUGAACUUGGCCAUGCAAAAGUUGAUGAACACCAACAGCAGAAUUUACCUGAUGAUUCAGCCGUUGAUUCUACUGUUGCUAGUUCUGGGAUUGCAAAGAAUCUUAUGAAUGAGGAUGACAUGAAAGCUCCAUAUGCAGUUGAUUCUCCGACAGGAGUUUCUGGCUCCUUAACAGAGCCAGCUCAGAUGCCAAGAGAUAUUGAUCUCUCUCCUGGGCAACCUUUACAGGCCAAUCAAUCUUCUGGUAGCUUAGGUGUUAUUGGUCGAAGAAGUGUUUCUGAUCUGGGUGCCAUUGGCGACAACAUUACUGGGUCAACUGCAAUGCCCGGGGGAAUGCAUGACCAAUCAUAUAACGUUCAGAUGCUUGAAGCUGCUUAUUACAAACUUCCACAACCCAAGGACUCUGAACGUGCAAGGAGUUAUAAUCCAAGGCACCCCGCAAGUACCCCUCCAAGUUACCCUCAAGUACAGGCACCUAUUGUUAACAAUCCAGCAUUCUGGGAACGAUUGGGUCUUGAACCAUAUGGAACUGACACCCUCUUCUUUUCAUUUUACUAUCAACAGAAUACACAUCAACAAUAUUUGGCCGCAAAAGAAUUAAAGAAGCAAUCAUGGCGAUACCACAGGAAGUACAACACAUGGUUUCAGCGACACGAGGAACCAAAAGUUGCUACAGAUGAAUAUGAACAAGGGACAUAUGUCUACUUCGAUUUCCAUAUUGCCAAUGAUGAUUUACAACAUGGAUGGUGUCAGCGGAUCAAGACAGAGUUCACCUUCGAGUAUAAUUAUCUUGAAGAUGAGCUUAUUGUAUAGAAGAUGUGUUGAUGCUACUACUUCAGAUCAUUGUUCAUUUACCAGGUACUCGUUGGAAGCGGGCUGGGUACCACUCAGCGCUCUACCCUGCUAAGCAUAGAGGUUACUAAUUCAUAUUUUCGAUUUCUUGUAUUUUCAUUAUAAGUUGUUUGAAACUUUAUCAUCGUAUACUUUGGUAUAACUAAAUUUAGAGAUAAGAAUUCAAAUCCGUCUUAUUUUCCAA